AUGCAUGUAACACCAUUGGUUAAUAAAUAUGUUGGAAAACAUCCACUUGGAGAUCGAGCUCGUAAAAUAGAUCAAGGAGUUUUAAUUGUCAGUUCGGAGUAUAUAGUGGUUAAUGGGGCACGUAAAAAAGUUGAGACUUGGGAACCUGAAGAUACUGAAACUAUUCAAUUAAAAGAUGAGGAAGAAGCAAAGAAAUUGGUUGACAACGCAUUUUAUAAACUUGAACAAACUGAAGAGAAAAAAAACUUGGAAUCCAUAAAACGUGCUGAUGACGAAAUACGUGAUCGAAAUUCAUUAUCAAUUUCAUUAUUACCAGAAUCCUCAGAUGAUAUUGUUGAAGCUAAAACUACUGAAUUUUCAGAUAUUAUUAAAAAUGAUAUUUUGAUUGUUAAGAGAAAAGAUUUUAAAGAAACUAAAGAAUCGGAAAAAUUAGAAAAUAAAAAUACUAUUCCUAUUUCAUUGGUCAGUGCAGAAUAUGAAGUGAAGGAUGCAGAUGGGGAUAUUGAUAUGCUUUUAAAAUCACAAAGACAAAAAUUUGAAACAAAAGUUGUAACACCUGGAGAAGUAAUUUCUAAAGAUACUCAAUAUAUGAGAGGUCAUGGUACAUAUCUUGAUGAAAAUGAAGCCCAUUUAGCUUCAGUAGCUGGAGUUGUGGAACGUGUUAAUAAAUUGAUUACUGUUUCAAAUAAAAGAUGGAAAGUUGACAUCAAUUCACGUCAAGAUGCUGUAUUAUUGUUAUCUGCUAUUCAUCUUCCAGGAGUUCAAUUACGUAAUGGAUCAUUUCUUAUUGUUCCGCCAACUUUAGUUCAACGUACCAAAUCACAUUUUCAUGAAUUGAAAUGUGGAGUUGAUGUUACUUUAGGAUUAAAUGGUUAUGUAUGGGUGAGUAAACCAUCUUCAAGGCCAAUUGGGAAAAAUGCUAGAGAAGCUAUUGCACGUGUUUGUAAUUGUAUUAAUGCUUUGAGUAAAAAUUAUAUGAGCAUUACUGAUACAACUAUUUCAUAUGCAUAUGAAGCUUCACUUAAUUUUUCUGUUAAAGAAAUUUUAAAAUUAGAAUCAAUGGAAUUAAUUGCUGAGCAAACUAAACGAAGAUUAAAAGCAUAA